ACCCAUUCUGCUUCCGAGUGGCUGUCAAACGUCAGUGACAUUUCUCUGGCUUUCAAACCAAUCCUACCUGUCUUCGCUUGUGACCUGAGGACGGGAAGGACGCAGUUGAAGCGGCGGAGGAGACCAAGAGGAACGACGUUUUGGAUUAUUGUUUAACUUCUAAAAUGCAAUAUGGAACUACUGCGCUCUAAUCAUUUCUCCUGCUUCAUCGAUUUACUUCAAGUGACACUGUUGAGAAACUUUGACGGCUAUUGGAGGUGACAGGAAACCGCGACUUUCACAUUCAAGGAUUCAACAACGUGGAUGUAUAUGGACUGCAAAUAAACGUACAUUGGAUACACAUUAGCCUACAUCAAAGGCAUCAAACAUGAGCCCUUAAACAGCUGAAUCGUUUCUAAGUAAAGAAGCACGAAGAAAUAAUGGGGAAAUGCCAACUUACCAUGGAUCCUGUGCAGGAGUGGGCGGACGAGGUGGAGGAGGGCAUCGUGUAUGGCGUGACUCUGCGCCGCGAGCCCGUCCAGCUGCCCAGUGACCCGGCGGCCGAGCCCCAGCCUGUCUUCAGCUGCGUCCAGUACCGCACCCACAAGCUGCGCCGGGUCAAGGCCGCCACCCUGGAGCUGCUGGUGGGACAGCUGUUGGAGUCGGACUGCCAGGACCCGGACUACGCCCGGAUAUUCCUGUCAACGUAUCGCGCCUUCACCACCACCGCCACACUCAUCGAACAACUCUUUCAGAGAGACGACAUGGUUGCUAGCCAGGACAACAACAAUGUGUGCUUCAGGAGCCCGCUGCUCCCCCUCAUCCACACGUGGCUGGAGGAGCACAGUGAGGACCUCCGGGAGCCUCCUCAGCACCAGAGCCUGCGCCUCCUCCUCUCCCACAUGCGCCACCGCCUCGCCUUCAGACGCCUCGCACGACAAGCAGAGACCCUCCUCAAGAGCUUCCUGGACGAAGAUCACCACAGCAGCUCCACUGCGGCUGCUGCUAGCCCCACAGAGUCCUCCUGUCCAGCUGAGCACGAGGAGGAGAUCUCCGUCUCGGACCCGUCGCCACCUCACUUCAUGGACUUUACGGCAAGGGACAUCGCAGAGCAGCUGACACAACUGGAUGCUGAGCUGUUUGUCAAGGUGGUCCCCUUCCACUGCGUGGGCUGCGUCUGGUCGCAGCGGGACAAGAAGGAGAACCGCCACAUCGCCCCGACGGUGCGCGCCACCAUCGCCCAGUUCAACGCCGUCACCAACUGCGUCAUCACCUCGCUGCUGUGUCACCACCCCACCGUCUCGCCCUCCAGCUCGCCCUGCCUCUCCGCCCGCAGCAUCACGCAGAGGUCAAAGGUCAUUGAGAAGUGGAUUGCCGUGGCCCAGGAGUGUAGGCAUCUGAGGAACUUCUCGUCUCUGCAUGCCAUUCUGUCAGCUCUGCAGUCCAACGCCGUCUACAGGCUGAAGAAGACAUGGGCAGCUGUCAGCAGGGAGAGCCUUGAAUCCUUUGAUCAUCUCUGUGAGACCUUCCCCGACGAGAACUGUGUGCUGACCAGCCGAGAGAUCCUGGUUGAGGAGGGUAGCCAAGCAGAGGGCCCUGACGACUGUCCAACAACUCCCAGGUCCCCCAAACUGUGUCCUCUCUCAAGGCAGAUAGGCACCUGUAGCUCCACGGGCAUCGUCCCCUAUCUGGGAACCUACCUGACCGUGCUCACCAUGCUGGACACAGCCCUCACAGACACCGUGGAGGGCGGACUCAUCCACUUUGAGAAACGGCGACGGGAGUUUGAGAUCCUCUCCCAGAUCAUGCAGCUGCAGGCCUCCUGUUCCAGCUACCGGUUGAGCCCCCACCCUCACAUCCGCCAGUGGCUGAUGGGCAGCACGCUCCUCUCCGACCAGCAGAGCUAUGAGCUGUCCAGAGAGCUGGAGCCCCCAGUAGACCCAUGUCCCAACUCCCCCUCCUCCUGGAGCCACCGCCUCAUCACCAAGAAGAUCACCUCGCUCCUGAGCCACCAUGACAGUGCGGGCAGGAAGACCCAUGCGGACCAGAUCAGUGUCUCCUCGUCUGGGUCCAGCGGCUCGGAGAUGGAGGACCUGUCCAGCCCCAACGGCCUGCCACUCAGACUCAAACUACAGUCUCCUUCCACCUCCUGCCAGAACAUUGCUGAGGACUUCUCCUCCUCCUCGUCCUCCUCCUCUGGCUCUCCAACUCCCUCCAGCUCCUCCUCCCAGUCUGACCUGGUGCCCCUGAGCCCAGACAGUGCCAUCUCCUCCAUGUCCUCCUCCUCGUCUUCCUCCUCCACCAUGUCGUCCUCCUCCUCUUCCUCCACCAUCUCCUCCACCUCCUCCACUCUCUCCUCCACUUCCUCCCUUACGUCCUGUGCCUCUGCGGCCCAUCCGGUCUACAACAGGCAGGUGGCCGACUCCUGCAUCGUGCGGGUCAGCGUGGAGACCGGUAGCAACGGCAACGUCUACAAGAGCAUCCUGCUGACCAGCCAGGAUAAAACGGCUCAGGUGGUGCAGAGGGCCCUGGACAAGCACAACCUGGAGGGCAUGAGCUGCCACGACUUCAGCCUGAGCCAGGUGUUGUCCAACGACAAGGAACUGCUGAUCCCGGACAAAGCCAAUGUGUUCUACGCCAUGUGUACGUCGGCCAACUAUGACUUCGUCUUGAGAAAGCGAUGGAGGAGCCACUGCCGAUCCUUAGGCUCCAGCUCCAGUCCCAGUGAGACGCGCCGAUGGCGCCAUGGCAAGUGAACGGGCAAACAACAACAACACCACCACUACUACUGAAGGCUUCCCUUCCACCACUCUCUUAUAGCUCAACAGCGACCCCCUGUGUUUAUAAAUGGAUCCACACAAUGAGGAAGCUCAAUACAGGACACCUAUGGAAACUGCUGAGGAGCUGUUUGGACACUACAGAAUUUAGUCAGACUCUGUAUAUUGAAGUAGACUGUCACUUUAGGGCAGGAAUCAGGAUCACAUAAAAGAAAAAUGAAGGGAUAUGGGAAACGUGCAAUGAAAAUGGAUCUCAGAGCGGAUGGCGAAAGACACUUGGGUACUCGAAAUGGAAUUUCAGAAAAAUGGACACAAAGUGGAAAGAAGUUGUCUUUGAAGGACCUGUAAUUCUCUCUCUCGCUCUCUCUCUGAAGCAAGCUUAUGUUCACAUAAAAAUAUAGCACUUUAAUUCUUGAUAAGCAAAACAUUAGCUGCUUUUUGCCUCUUUGUCGCUUGCUCAGAAGAUGGAAUCGUGUGGAGUGGCUUAUGUCUUAUGAUGAUCUUAGGUGAGACGGACAUCUUGGUAAAGCAAGAGGUAUAGAACGUUGGUUUACUUGGCAGCCAUUCGUUCCUACAAUGUUGACCAAGCAGCAAUAAAUGUUGUUUUUCCCGGACAUUGUUAUUGGGGCAACAUAAUGGAACACCAAGAUGCAAGAUGCAGGACUUCUAAAAAGACAAUGACAAACUUCUUGGCACAAAAUGGGAACUGCUCAAGCAAGAUUGUGCUUUCACACUGCCACACAAAGGAUGGAAGGAGAAAAGAGUCAUGGGACAAAGAAUGGGAAAUUGGUGAUGUAUUCAGCGUUGCAGAGUACCGAUAACUAAAACGCUUCAGUCCUCUUUGUAACACAACCAUGCAAUGCUCUACUACUGCUUCUAGGCUAAUACGUGUUACUCAGAGCUAUAUGCAGUCGAAUAAUAUGAAGCUAAGUACUUUUAAAAAUGAAGGUUUUUAAAGAAAUUAAUUCCUUUUCAUAACAUUUCAGUGUUAAUUUUUUAAUUAUGUGUGAGUGUGAACGUAAGUGUUUGUCAAACUUUUGUGUUGUCCUUAUUUUUGUAGUUUGUUUUAGUGUUAUUCUGUUAAUGAAAUUGUAAUCUUGGGGAGAUCUUCUCAUCUGCCAAUGUGUGUGUGUGUGUGCGCGUGUGCGUAUGUGUGUGUGACUUUGUGGCUGUACCUGCAUGCCUGUGCGCAUGUGUCAAUAUUAAUUCCUUUUGUGGUGUAAUGAAGGUUUUUUUUUUUACCAGAGUUAGGCAAACAACCUAGAAAAGUCUUCCUGUCAACCAUUGUGCCUGGUUUCUUUUUACCUCAUGUAUGUGUCCCCGUUAAGCUAUAGAGUGCACUAUAGGGUUAGCGUCACCUUCCCUACCUAAUGCACUUUGUAUAGUGAGGGGACACGUAUGGAUGCAGCCUUAAGAUGAAAGAGGUCACUGGUAUGUCUGCUGAAGUGUGCAAUGCUACGGUAUGUGUUUUGGGUUAUGUGCAGGGCUCCAAAAUUAACUUUUUUUUCAUCACCAGCUAAAACGGCUAAUAGAUGUUAAUCUUAUUAGCCAAACACACACUCCCUAAUGGGUCAAAAUGGUUUAAGCUCGGUCUUUCACCAGCAUUUGGCCAUUUGGCUGGUGUUAAUUUAAAGCCCUGGUUAUGUGGUACGCUGUGAGAAUCAUAGAUCAUUAUGAAUAGACUCACACUGAGGAUUGUCUUAAUGCAUGUGCCAUAAUGAGCAAUAAUGUUGCAUUUUGGAUCACUGGGAGGUCUGGGGUGCAUUUCUCGAAAGCAUAGUUGUUAGCCUUUUUAGCAACUUUUGUAGUUGCCAAUGGGAAAUUGUAUUGCAAACAACAAAGUAGCUAACGUAGUAAGCAAGUAUCGUUUCGAGAAACACACCCCUGGCUUGUGGUGUAUAGGGGGGUCACACAGUUUUAACAGUAUGAAGUAAGGGGUUCGGAAGUGACAACCCUGCCACAGUUUCCCUCCCACAUAGGUGACCUCACUGAGUAAGUGCUCUGCCUUUUGAGUAUUGAGUAGUACUCAUUGCGAUGAGCUGAAUCAGUUGGUUGGAUCAUAUUUGUGGAAGGGUUUUUGCUUUCUGAACCCAAGCUUGAAAUCUCUAGUCAAAAGGGCUUGAUGGUGAAGCAAGUGAAGUGACGUGUUCAAAUGGCACAUAAUGGUAGCCUGGCUUACGCCACUGCACGUGUCUAGAUAGAGAACAUAGUCUGGCCAAGCAAACCACUUAGGACAUCUCAACUUCCCAUAGAAAAGGAACCAAUCUAUUUUGAGCAUUUUCAAUGGCUUGCCGGGGUGUGUCAAAGGCAAUGACGCACCUGUUCUUUUAACAGGAGAAGUAAUGGGUGGUCUAAUCGACCCAAUUCAAUCACUAGCAUACUGAGGCAUUUUAUGAAUGUGAGCUUGACACGCCCUUUACAUCUCCUUCAGAGACAUGUAAAUAUAGGGUUUAUCAACUAUCAAUGAAAAAAACACGGUAUACUUCAUUGUUGCGGAGGUCUGGGGGUCCUCCCUGGCAGAGUUUUAUAAAGUAGAAGUUACUCUUACCAAUGUAAUUACAACACUAGUAGUAUGAUAUUACAUGGUUACAACUUUGUAAUAUCAUACUACUAGUAGUGUUGUAAUUACAUCUGUAAGACUACUUCUACUUUUACUUUGUACUACUCUGCUCCCUGGGGUUUUCUUAGAUGUAAUUUCCUGCAUUUUAUUUCAUCCUGUGUCCCGUUUCAGUUCAAUGAGGAACCCGUACUUUAAUUUGUAAAUACGGGGCGAUUCCGUAUUUCAAAGGAUGGUUGGCAAUGGCAACCCUAUAUGUAGAUGUUUUGCCUGGUGCCAGACUCUCGAAAAGACUUCCAGUUGCGCCAGCCAGGCUAUCAAAGCUGCUCCUGUGGCCUCUUGAGAAACCAGCGGAGAGGGUUAAAGGGGGGAGGAGGUUGUUGUUGUUGUGUGUGUGUGUGUGAGACGUAAAAUGGUUUUAAGCACUCUUGCCUACAUUUUAAACCAGCAAAUAUUAAAUAAAGAUUAAUAUAACAUUUA